AGCCAUAGGGUGCUGCAGUCACAUGACCCCUGAAGGGUUGGACCUUGUCUCCUUGAUGCUCAGCCUGCUGGUGAAGCUCAAGGAGCUGAAGUCUGAAAGUUGCUCAUCACUGACCUCCAUCUGUCUGGGUCACAGAGCUCAACCUGAACCAAAUGUCGGACACAGAGGAAGUAGCGGGCGAGGAGGCUCAAGAGGGAGAAGAUGAAUCCAAACCCAAGCCCAAAUUUCUGUCAAAUAUGACGGCCCCAAAGAUGCCUGAAGGUGAAAAAGUGGACUUUGAUGACUUCUACAGGAAGCGACAGGAGAAAGACCUGGGCGAGCUGCAAGCUUUGAUUGAAGCUCACUUUGUCCAGAGGAAGAAGGAGGAAGAGGAGCUCAUCGCCCUUGUUAACAGAAUUGAGAAGCGUCGCGCCGAGAGAGCCGAACAGCAGAGGAUCAGGGCAGAGAGGGAGAAGGAGAGGCAGGCCAGACUUGCUGAGGAGAAGGAGCGCAAGGAGCAAGAGGACCAGCGUAAGAAGUACGAUGAGGACGCUAAGAAGAAGAAGGCCCUCUCAAACAUGAGCCAGCAGUACGGCGCUGGACAAAAGAGCGACACCAGGAGAGGAGGCAAGAAGCAAACCGAGAGGGAGAAGAAGAAGAAGAUCCUGGCUGAACGCAGGAAGCCUCUCAGCGUUGAUCAUCUGAAUGAGGACAAACUUAAGGAGAAGGCCAAGGAGCUGUGGGAAUCGCUGAGGGGCUUGGAGUCGGAGAAGUUUGAUCUCAGCGAGAAAGUCAGAAGACAGAAAUAUGAUAUUAACCAGCUUCUCUGCAGAGUUCAGGACCACCAGAGUGCCAAAGGUCGCGGUAAAGGCAAGAUGGGCGGCCGGGUGAGGUAAAGCUGCUGCCAGAGCCGAGGAAGACCUUCACAGCAGCAGCUGACCUGCUCAGAUACGCGGAUCGUGUUCAUUGUCCUGUUGUCUUGGGGUACAUGUCAACCAUCAUGAGAUUAAAAGAAUAAAACAAGUCACUUCAGCCAC